AUGCCACCGAGGAUAUCUUUGACACCUUACUUGCGGCAGCUAUGGAGAAGCCCAUGCCCCCUCCGGCCGACCCAACCACUAGAGCCCGCGAACCGCUGCCGGCCAUUUACCACCACCGUCCCAAAUGCCUUCGGCAAUCGUCCAAAAAGAAUAUCCUCCUCGGGUUCCCCCGAACUUCUUGAAGGCUCCAAGGCAGCCGCUCUUGAGCGCAAGCGACUAGCCACUCGGACUGGAGUCCUAGCCGUUAAAAAGGGAAUGACAGCCAUCUACAAGCCAAGCGGUAGGCGAAUCGCCUGCACCGUCCUGCAACUCGAGCGAGUUCAAGUCACGGCAGUUAAAACUCGUCAGAAGCAUGGGUAUUGGGCGGUACAAGUCGGUUCCGGCUGGAGAAACUCUAAUAAUGUGACUAGGCCAAUGUUGGGCCAUUUCGCUACGGCCGGUGUCGCGCCCAAAGAACACCUACGAGAAUUCCGAGUUAAGGAUGAAACAGGAUUGAUGGAGCCGGGGACUGCUCUUUCUGCCGACUUCUUCGUUGAGGGUCAAUAUGUUGAUGUUAGAGCCAAUUGCAAAGGUCGUGGAUUCGCGGGAGGUAUGAAACGUCACGGCUUCAGUGGCCAACCUGCUUCUCAUGGUAACUCCUUGAGCCAUAGAGCCAUGGGUUCGGCUGGCCAAUCUCAAGGUGGUGGUUCCCGUGUCUUGCCUGGGAAGCGAAUGCCUGGAAGAAUGGGCGGCCAUCGAGUCACAAGACCGCAUGCUCAAAUCAUGGAGAUAAACAAGGAAUUGGGAACUAUCCUUCUCUUUGGUCCUGUCCCUGGUCCAAAAGGUUGUAUCGUCGCCAUCCAGGAUACUAUUCUCGGGCCUCCGCCAAUUAUUCCUGAGGCGACUGCAACCCCCAGCGAAUCUGCUAUAGCAGCAGCGUAACUACUAGGCUUAACUAUAUAUGAAGGAAACUCUCAAUAAAAA